AUGGCGGCGCUCAAACUCCUCGCUUCCUGCCCGCGCCUUUGCGCCCCGGCGCGCAGAGCCUGGUCUCAGGUAUGUGUUUCAUAUUUUUCAACCAGCACACGUUGCCAUACUAAAUUUUAUACAGAUCCGGUGGAAGCUGUAAAAGAUAUCCCUAAUGAUUCAACCAUCCUGGUUGGUGGUUUUGGGUUGUGUGGAAUUCCAGAGAAUCUUAUAGGAGCUUUACUAAAGACUGGAGUAAAAGGAUUAACAGCAGUCAGCAACAAUGCAGGGGUGGACAACUUUGGCUUGGGCCUUUUACUUCAUUCCAGGCAGAUAAAGCGCAUGAUCUCGUCAUAUGUGGGAGAAAAUGCAGAAUUUGAACGGCAGUAUUUAUCUGGUGAAUUAGAAGUGGAACUGACACCUCAGGGUACUCUUGCAGAGAGGAUUCGUGCAGGUGGAGCUGGAGUGCCUGCAUUUUACACCAGCACAGGGUAUGGGACUCUGGUGCAAGAAGGUGGAGCCCCAAUCAAGUACAACAAAGAUGGCAGCAUUGCCAUUUCCAGUAAGCCACGAGAGGUGCGAGAAUUUAACGGCCAGCACUAUAUCUUGGAGGAAGCAAUUACUGGAGAUUUUGCUUUGGUGAAAGCCUGGAAGGCAGACCGUGCAGGAAAUGUGAUUUUCAGGAAAAGUGCAAGGAAUUUCAAUUUGCCAAUGUGUAAGGCAGCGGGCACCACAGUGGUGGAGGUUGAAGAAAUUGUGGAUAUUGGAUCAUUUGCUCCAGAAGAUAUUCAUAUUCCCAAGAUUUAUGUUCAUCGCCUUAUAAAGGGAGAGAAAUAUGAGAAAAGAAUUGAGCGUUUAUCAGUCCGAAAAGGUGAAGAUGUGAAAGUGAAAUCUGGUAAAUCUGGAGAUAAUGUGAGAGAGCGUAUCAUCAAACGAGCGGCUCUUGAAUUUGAGGAUGGCAUGUAUGCUAAUCUGGGCAUUGGAAUUCCACUUCUGGCUAGCAACUUUAUCAGUCCAGAUAUGACUGUUCAUCUGCAAAGUGAAAAUGGAGUGUUGGGUUUGGGUCCCUAUCCUUUACAAAAUGAGGUUGAUGCUGACCUAAUUAAUGCAGGCAAGGAAACAGUUACUGUUCUUCCAGGAGCCUCUUAUUUCUCCAGUGAUGAAUCAUUUGCAAUGAUUAGAGGGGGACAUGUUGAUCUAACGAUGCUGGGGGCAAUGCAGGUUUCCAAAUAUGGUGACCUGGCUAACUGGAUGAUUCCUGGGAAGAUGGUAAAAGGAAUGGGAGGUGCCAUGGAUCUAGUGUCCAGUGCAAAAACCAGAGUGGUGGUCACCAUGGAGCACUCCGCAAAGGGAAAUACACAUAAAAUCAUGGAGAAAUGCACGUUACCUCUGACAGGAAAGCAAUGUGUCAACCGCAUCAUUACAGAAAAGGCUGUGUUUGAUGUGGACAGCAAGAAAGGGCUGACUCUGAUCGAACUCUGGGAGGGCCUGACAGUGGAUGAUAUAAAAAAGAGCACGGGAUGUGACUUUGCAGUUUCACCAAAGCUCAUGCCAAUGCGGCAGAUCACAUCUUGAAAUGGAAAUAGAUAUUGCUCCAUUCUAUGAAGUUUUCAUUUUAACCUUGUAGGAUUUUAUUAAGAGAUACCAUGAUCAUAAGUUUAUGUUUAAUAAGCAGAUUUUAACUC